AUGGACAGGGUGAAAUUUGCCGUAGUGCGGGUACCAGAGGCGAAGGUCAUCGAAUUCUUCGCCACCAUUGCAUCGAAAGGCUUCACCGACGUUGCCUUUGUCAAUAGCCUACAACAAGCCGCAUUCACCAGCCUUGCAGAUGAGUUUUUACAGACGCCACCCUCACCUCCCCCUGCGGCCACAGUAUCAACAAACCAAACGAUGCCCCUCAAUCUAUCGGAUUUAUUCCCAGCGGUGUUAGCCCAAGCGAAUGCCCUUCGAGACGCUUCCCCACUUGGCGAGUUGUCAUUAAUCCCCGGUAGUGACGGCGAUGAUAAUACAGGACGGCCUUACCAUCAGCGAAUGAAGGGGUGGCAACGGACAUAUUUGAGUGAGAUGCUGAAAGAUGGGUAUCCGACGGAUGAGAAGUUGAAUGAGGCUAUGCAUAAGUGUGAUUUGUCGAGACGGCAGAUCCUCCGAUUUAUCAGCAAACGUGUCAACAACCCCAACAAAGGCUUGAGAGCUGAUUGGCGAGCUGCCAAAGCCCACGACGUCGAGAAAAUGAUCGGCAACGACGAGGAGCCGAAGAGCAUCAAAGCCGAACCCGAACAAAUCGAGUUCCCCGACUUCACUGAGGCC